GAUUCCUUUCCAGAAUUUAAGCAAUGUUUUUAUUUUCCAAGAACUAGUUAAAUAAUAAGAAUGUGCGACUUUGACGCCUUGUGGUCGGAUGUGUUAAAAAUAUUUCCAGUUUUGAAUGGAGCCAACGCGCUUUCCGCUGAUCCAGUUGAGGAGGAGGUAUUCGAAAAUGUUCGCCGUCAUCUGAAGAUGUUGGGAAGCAUAGACACCUUUACGGGAAUAGUGGAUCUGGAAAUACAGUCCAUUAUUCGAAAUAUUCUGGUGCCAAAGUUUUGGAAACAUUUCCAUGCCGGCUUGUCCCCGACAGAAUUGCAGGGCGGGAUUAACGGCCAAGCUCAGGCCAUAGAAAAACUGCCUGAUAAGAACCUUCUUUUCACUCAGUUCAUAGAUGCAAUUGACGAGUUGCACGAUGGAUUUCAAGGCCUAAUGAAGAUUAAACCGAGAUUGGUGCAGUUAAUAGGUACCGAAGGAAAUCCCUCUUCGAAAUCGGCGAAGUUAAUGCAGCAGGAUGGGAUAAAGAACAGCUUAAGGGAUUCCUUGCUAGCUCAGCUACCUCCCACUUUUAGUGUAGUCGUCGGAGCCUUCUAUUGGGUACACUUUAAACUUUUCACCAAAGCGUCACAUCUCGCAUUGACCACAGUUGAUUCCGAUGUAUUUGAUGAGCUGCUGUGCGUCGGCUGCAACUUUGAUGUGGAGCAGUGCUGCUGCCAGAGGUUGACCGUAAUGGUUAACAAAACCAACAUGAAGCUAUUCGAGAUGAACCUCAUAGAUCGUUUAACUGGGAGUGCUUUAACAGCUCUUAUAAAGCUUAAGAUCAAGGAGCAUAUUAACGAUACUUGCAUGGGGAUUUUCGACAGAAGCCACCUAAAACAACUGGAAACUUGGCUUUCUGAAGUUAUAAUGCCAUGGCUUAGAAACAUAUUCACAGAAUGGAAGCCUAAGGAUAGUAUAAGCGAUCCCGAAGUACCCGAUUCUGUAAAAUCCUUUGAGGUCAAACUGACUUACUUUAUGUACGAAACUUUUGCCCAAAGCGUUAUAGGUCAAUUCUUCAGCAUUAUUAUCGACUACCCAGACUCCAUUCCGGCUAUAGAUGACUUAAAGAUUUGCAUGGAGAAAAUUGAUAUGCGAGUCUACCUUACUGAAUCUCUUAGAAAUUCGCUAGAAGCAAGAAUUUUGCAUCCUGGAGUCAACACCAUGGACAUAUUAACCGGUUAUGUGGCUGCUAUUAAAGCUAUUCGUCAUUUAGAUAACACAGGUGUGAUCCUGGAAAUGGUAACGGCUCCCAUCAAAGAUUAUUUACGAAAACGUAACGACACAGUGCGUCGUGUUGUAACUGGUCUAACUGAAGAGGGACCCACUGACUUAUCCGAGGAACUUGCAAAGGGUGAAACGAUUAAGGAAGGAAAGGACUCUGGCACCGAUGAGUUCAGCAACUGGGAAAACUGGGAACCAGAUCCGUUUGGUAUAGAUGCAAGUAUCAUGCAGUAUAACAGCUCUCGGAAAAUGAGAUCGGCCGAUAUUAUUUCAAUGGUGGUUGAUAUAUAUGGAAGUAAGGAGCUUUUUAUGACGGAGUAUCGAAACCUGAUGGCAGAUAGACUGCUUGCUCAGCUAGAUUUUAAUUCUGAAAAAGAAAUUCGAAAUUUGGAACUGCUAAAAAUCCGUUUUGGAGAAUCCCUACUUCACAGCUGUGAGGUGAUGUUGAAAGACGUUACAGACUCAAAAAGAAUUAACGCUCAUAUCCAUAGCGAUGGCAACCGCACGGAAAAUCAGUUGUUUGACAUCUCUUCGCUGAUUGUUUCUGCACAGUUUUGGCCGUCCUUUAAUAAAGAAAGUCUGCAAUUACCCGAGGAGAUAGAAAAUGAGUUCAAAAAGUACACCAAGGCUUAUGAGGCGUACAAAGGCAACCGCACACUUAACUGGCGUACUGUGACUGGUCGUGUAAAUAUAGAAAUCGAGAUCGGAGACCGAACUAUGGAGAUGGUUGUGAGCCCCACUUUAGCAGUUAUCAUAUAUCACUUCCAGAACAAGAGUGAAUGGACGAUCGAGGAGUUGAGCUCGAUUACAAAAGUUCCACCCUCUGCCCUGCGGCGUCGCCUGAGUUUUUGGCAAAAUCACGGAUUAGUUUCCGAAACCACACCUGGAAUAUUUACUCUAUUAGAAAAAGAGUCGGAGAAAUCUCAUUUUGAAGAUAUGAGUCUCGCAGAAGCCGACGAAGAAGACUUGGAAUCUGCAAUGGCUUCAGCCAGUGAUCAAAGGGAAGAAGAACUUCAAGUAUUCUGGUCCUAUAUUGUUGGCAUGCUCACGAAUCUGGACUCCAUGCCAAUAGACCGAAUCCACCAAAUGCUAAAGCUAUUUGCUUCUCACAGUGGUGGUGUGGAAUUUACUCAGGACGAGCUAAAGCACUUUUUGCAGCGCAAAGUCAGAGAGCACAAGCUUGUAUUUUCGGGUGGAGUUUAUCAAUUGGCGAAAUAAACUUAGGAGAUUAUCAGUAUUAAGUUGCAAACGACUGAAGAAAUCAUGAAAUACAUAAAUGAAUAAACGUGAUAACGUUUAUAAAAUUUA